ACCCGUUUCAAACUUAUUUUAAAGUUAAAGUUAUUUUAAAAUAAAGGUGUUUCAGAAGUCAAACUUUAAAACUUAACAUAUUCCUGUUGUGCCAAGACUUCCUCAUGAGUUGCAUUGUGAACAGCAGCAUCACAUCAGAAAUAACCUAGUACCUUAAAUUAAGUUCUUGCAUUUCACCUAUGACAACUUUCACCAAUCAGUCAAAUCAAAUAUUCACUUCUAUCAUUUUUGAACGUCCAAGACACGUUUGAUAAAAUAGUGGGACUGGUGAGAAGGAGGAUAUAUGAGGUGCAAAAAAUUAGAAGCCUGUAAAUACUAACCUAUUUUGCAUUACCAUUGACAUGCCAAGCAAUUAGUAACUACCUGGUGUUAUUGCCUGUGGGGCAUUUUGGGAUUGUGAUGUUGUUGAUAAUUGUGAUGUUGCAAUUUCGUUGAAAACGUAUUUUGUUGUCAAGUGCACAGCCAUAAUGCCCUAUUCCUCACAGUACCACAUUCCUGCAAGGCACCACGUCCAAGUGACCACGUGCUGAAGCACAGACUAGCCCUACAUAAGCGUUCAAUAACUUUGAGUAAUUCUCACAUCUAUCCCUGACGCAAAAAAAUGGCUCUAGGCAUUUUUGUGAGUUAUCUCCGUUUUACACCAUACACUGUUGUCUCGGCUACUUUGUGUCUGCUUGUGUCAGAGGGCGAGCGUGGGGAAGCUUUCUUCAUCUUUCGAGAGUGGUAAUCUGAUAAAUCAGGUGCUGCUGAUUUAAUAUCUGAUCAAACUAGCUUCUGAGUUGACAAACAAACAUGAGGAAAUCAAAGGUAACUCUUCUUUUCAUAUUUGUUUCGUCCAGCAUCAUACUUACGUUCUACAUUACAUUCGGACUGGACUUGCAGCUUGGUUUAAAGAUCCUUACUGGAUAUGACAACGGCUAUUUUCUUACUGGAUCAUCACGGCAUUUGCUUUAUAAAACUUCCCGAGUUGCGUCUCAUCCCACAAGUCAAGCUUUCGAGCAGUUCCAGGAAGGCUUUCUAUGGAGCGAAAACCUGGAGACUCUGGAGCCUUCAAUGUUUGAUGAUGAACAUAUAGGUGUCUGGAGAGAGAGGGCACAUAUCCAACAAAUAGUGCAUUUAGAACCGGGAUGCGGCAGGGUCACCAAUGGGCUUGCGACGUUUGCGGAUGGAUCCAAAGCGUGUGUGCGAUAUGGUAUAGAUGCAGAUCAGGUUCAAGGUGAGAUAUUGUCUUAUCACUUGGCAAGGAUGCUUGGUAUUUACAACUUGCCUCCCUUAGUUUUAUCCAAACCGGAUCCAGAAAAAAAACAAUGGAUGCCUGUUCGUGAAAGUAUCGAGUCUUUGCGUUGGACAACACAAGCAAUCGUUUCACUGACCGAAUGGGUACCGAAUCUAACAAGCGUUUUUAUCCCGACUGCUCUGCGUAAAGGAGGAGAGGGUUUAAAUCCGACCAAUAUGUGUUUAAUCGCAUUUAAAAAUAAAACUACAACGUUUUUAAUUGAGAUGAUGCAAUGGACCGACCUCAUAUUAUUUGAUUAUUUAAUAGCAAAUUUUGACAGACUUGCAAGUAAUCUAUUCAAUUUACAGUGGGACGGGCGCAUGAUGGAGAGAGCCACUAGCAAUCUUCUCAAAUCUAGAAGGGGUUUGGUAUUCAUAGACAAUGAAGCUGGACUAGUGCACGGCUACAGAGUCUUAAACUCGUGGGAGCAGUAUCACAGGAGUCUUCUGGGGACUGUUUGUAUUUUCCGAAAGAGGACUGUUCAACGUAUAGCCGAAUUGAAGCACCAAAGGAACGUUAGUUCACGACUGCUUGCGCUCUAUCAAGCAGGUGAGCCACUGGCACUUGAGCUGGGAUUUCUGUCGGAAGAACAUUUGGAGACCUUGCAAAAUCGGCUUGACCUGUUGUAUCACCAUAUAGAGCAGUGCAAACUAAGACACGCUGAACCUAUUUCACAUUUACCUGUAAACGAAUAUCAUGUCUGACAGUAAAGCACAAUGUAACAAUUAAUACGGUCAUUGUAUACUAUAUUUGCUUUCUAAAAUGAAAAAAGUAAGAUAUAUAUCUACAAACGUGAUUAUUACCUCUGAUUUGAAGGUAAGGAGGACUAAUGCAUUCUGUGAUCAUUUGAGAAUUUCAGUUAAUUAUUUUAAUUUUCUCUUACUGAGAAAUUGAUGCUGUACACAAAUCCUGAUCAAAACAGCUAUAGAAAUCAUAUUAAAAGACAAGCCUGUGACAUGUUGUCCAUA